CUCCAGUUUGUUUCUUAAACCCAAAUCUCUCAAAUUAUUUUGGAGAGUCCUUAUAUUUAUCUUAUUUUAUUUUUUACGUAACAUCGAAUAUUUUAUCCUAAAAUAAAUAAAAUAAAGUUGAUUCGGACAAGGAUGCAUCGAAAGUACGCGCUAAAGCGAUUGAUUCCUGAUUGAUCCGUCCCCAGACUCCCUAUCAUCCUCCCUCCAUCAUACACAGUAAAUCAUCUGCUGAUAAAUAUAAUCAAUUAGUUUAGAGGUUAAAAACAAAAUAUCAUGAUAGACUCGUUUGCAGGGGAUUCCUCUCUCGGGAGUUAGCCAAUAUCCUAUAUGUUUCUCGUAUAAUUUUACCGGAACCCUAUAUAAAAGAGGCUCCACUCCAUUUCUCUGUUUAUCUCCCACUCUUAUCUUUCUCAAGGCGGGAGGACUGUAGCGUUGUCAAUGAUGGGAGCGGUUUUGUUGUCGGAGUUUGCGACGGAGAUCGUGGUGCCAGUGUGCGCCGUGAUUGGAAUUGCUUUCUCGUUGGUGCAGUGGCUGUUGGUGUCGCGCGUGAAGCUUAACCCGGAGCGGCAUGCUUCUGGGAAUAGCAACAAGAACGGUUACAGUGAUUACUUGAUUGAGGAAGAGGAAGGACUUAAUGACCCCAGCGACGUCACCAAGUGCGCUGAUAUUCAAAGCGCUAUCUCCGAAGGUGCAACAUCCUUUCUUUUCACUGAAUAUCAGUAUGUUGGCAUCUUCAUGGUUGCUUUUGCUAUCUUGAUAUUCCUCUUCCUGGGUUCUGUUGAGGGCUUCAGCUCAAAGAGCCAGCCUUGCACCUAUGAUAAGGAGAAGACCUGCAAACCAGCUCUUGCCACUGCUAUCUUCAGUACGAUAUCCUUCUUGCUUGGUGCUAUCACCUCUGUUCUUUCUGGGUUCCUUGGGAUGAAAAUUGCUACAUAUGCCAAUGCAAGAACAACCUUAGAAGCAAGAAAGGGUGUUGGAAAGGCUUUUAUUGUUGCAUUUAGAUCUGGCGCAGUAAUGGGUUUUCUGCUCGCUGCCAAUGGCUUGUUGGUGCUUUUCGUUGCCAUCAAUCUAUUCAAGCUGUACUACGGUGAUGACUGGGAAGGCCUUUUUGAGGCUAUUACUGGUUAUGGUCUUGGGGGAUCCUCUAUGGCACUGUUUGGAAGAGUUGGUGGUGGUAUAUAUACAAAGGCUGCUGAUGUCGGUGCUGAUCUUGUAGGAAAGGUUGAAAGGAACAUUCCAGAGGAUGACCCAAGAAACCCAGCUGUCAUUGCCGACAAUGUUGGCGAUAAUGUUGGGGAUAUUGCUGGUAUGGGUUCUGAUCUAUUUGGCUCAUAUGCUGAAUCCUCCUGUGCUGCUCUUGUUGUUGCUUCUAUAUCCUCUUUUGGAAUAAACCACGAGUUCACUGCCAUGUUGUAUCCUCUGCUCAUUAGUUCUGUUGGUAUUCUUGUCUGUUUGAUCACAACCCUAUUUGCUACGGAUUUCUUCGAAAUCAAGGCUGUCAAAGAAAUCGAACCAGCUUUGAAGAAGCAGCUUAUUAUAUCUACUGUUCUUAUGACUGUGGGGAUUGCAAUUGUUACUUGGGUUGGUGUGCCAUCGACCUUCACCAUUUACAAUUUUGGGGAUCAGAAAGUUGUUAAGAACUGGCAACUAUUUUUGUGCGUUGGUGUUGGUCUCUGGGCUGGACUUAUUAUUGGUUUUGUUACUGAGUACUACACCAGUAAUGCUUACAGUCCCGUGCAGGAUGUUGCUGAUUCCUGCAGGACAGGAGCAGCUACCAAUGUUAUAUUUGGCCUUGCUUUAGGAUACAAAUCUGUGAUCAUCCCAAUUUUUGCCAUUGCAAUCUGCAUUUUUGUUAGUUUUAGCUUCGCUGCCAUGUAUGGGAUUGCAGUUGCUGCCCUUGGAAUGUUAAGCACCAUUGCAACUGGGUUGGCCAUUGAUGCUUAUGGUCCCAUCAGUGACAAUGCUGGAGGCAUUGCUGAGAUGGCUGGCAUGAGCCAUCACAUUCGCGAGAGAACUGAUGCACUAGAUGCUGCUGGAAACACUACCGCUGCCAUUGGAAAGGGAUUUGCCAUUGGGUCAGCAGCAUUGGUGUCAUUGGCUCUAUUUGGUGCCUUUGUGAGCCGUGCAGCUAUCUCGACUGUUGAUGUAUUGACCCCAAAGGUUUUCAUUGGUUUAAUAGUUGGUGCCAUGCUUCCCUACUGGUUCUCUGCAAUGACCAUGAAAAGCGUGGGAAGUGCAGCUUUAAAGAUGGUUGAGGAGGUUCGCAGGCAGUUCAACACCAUCCCUGGUCUCAUGGAGGGUCGUGCCAAGCCUGAUUAUGCUACCUGUGUCAAAAUCUCAACUGAUGCCUCUAUCAAGGAGAUGAUUCCUCCUGGUGCCCUUGUUAUGCUUACUCCCCUAAUUGUUGGAACUUUCUUUGGUGUUGAGACUCUUGCCGGUGUCCUUGCUGGUGCCCUUGUUUCUGGUGUUCAGAUUGCAAUAUCUGCUUCCAACACUGGUGGUGCAUGGGAUAAUGCCAAGAAGUACAUUGAGGCUGGUGCCUCAGAGCACGCGAGGACCCUGGGUCCAAAAGGAUCGGAUCCUCACAAGGCAGCUGUCAUUGGUGACACGGUUGGUGAUCCACUCAAGGAUACCUCUGGCCCUUCACUCAACAUCCUGAUCAAGCUUAUGGCAGUCGAGUCACUCGUAUUUGCUCCCUUCUUUGCCACUCACGGUGGCUUGCUUUUCAAGAUCUUUUAGAGGGGAUGGGCGGAAACAGCAGUAGGGAGGGUGACUUGUUAGUUACAGGCCCUAUGUAAGGGUGUUGUUCCUGUUCACCCAUUAAGUUUCUGUAUCCGUCUAAACUCUUAUAGUUAGCGAAGCUUAGCUUUAGUCAUUGCUAUUUUUGAUAGGUUGAUAUCGAUGAUAACUGAGAUAUGGGAUAGGUUGAUCACCGAAAACGAUCAUUGGUUAUCGUGGGCGAGUCAAGGUGGGAUAUCGUACUUUUCCAGUUCUAGAACAGCUUUUGCUUAAUUUUGAAAUUUUGUGCUCGCAAAAAAUCUUUUCCAGCAUUUAACCUUAAUGAUAUUUUGAUGAGUUCUCUGUUCUUUUUCUUUUUGAAUUUUUUUUGUAUUAAAAAGAUAUUUUUUUGACGAGUUCUUUCUUCACAAAUAUGUUAAUAACAAUUUAUUAAAUCAUUUCAUUCUAAUA